AUCAAAACAAGGCACCACAAUGGCAAAAAUACCGAAAUUUGUAUGGGGUAGACGAGAUGGUUAAGAAUUACUGGAAGCGGGAGAAGACAGCUGAAGAUUCUACUCCAGGUCCAUUCGGUACCUCCAAAAAAUUGGUUGAAUGUAUUGACGCAAGUAAUACUGUGGCUGAAAAAGAAAAGAAUGUCGUGACCGAAAAUACAGUCGAGGCUGUAGGAAUCAAGAAUAAUCAUGGAUCAAAAGAAAUGUCGCCUAUGAAUCCCACGUCUGUUUCUGUAAAUGGGAAAAGAAAAAUCAAUCUACCUCAGCCGCGUGAAGAAAAAUCCCCUGUACCAAAAACAGUAUCUAAUGUUCACACGGAUAAUGACCUGAUCAACAAGAUGGAAUGGAAAAGCAAUUUGGUUAAAGGAAAAACCAAAUUAUUUAUAGGAAACGUAAUUGUGAAACCAUUUUUGGAAUAUUGUUUCGAGUUUUCAUCGUUCAAUCAAGUAUCUAGUAAAAAUGAAGCCUUGUGGAUGGAGAACUUUUUGCCGCAGUCUUAUGCUGAAGAAAUAAUCGAUUCGCACUUACAAACUUCAAUUUUUAUAAUAGAGUCUAGUACAGAAAAUCCACAAUGGUCCUUGGAUCUAGCGUUCGAGAAAAAUUUAAUGGAACACAAUGAUAUAGUAGGAGUGAUACGAAUAAAUGACAAAGAGAAUUCUUACUGGUUAAUUUUUCCGAAUACGACGAGAACGUGCCUGAAAUUUGGAUUUUCCACACAGACGCAAUAUCUCGAAUACCGCCCAUUUUUUGCAGUAUACAAAAUAAUAUCAACAGUCAGAUCGGAUUUUCUUAAUCCUACCGAUUGUAAAAUCAUCGAACCAGUUACAAAAGCUAUUAAAGACUCGAAAUUAUUUAGUGCCAACGUUUUUCUAGAUUCUGCGGAGCGUGGUAAACUUUUAGAAUUUUGCAUUGAUAAGCCAAAGUUCGUUGAUUUCUCUCCUGAAGAUAAUUUUGAAAGGAAGGAAAUUUUGAAUUUGUUGGAAUGUAAUGGCGCGCAUGAAACCGACUAUAGCGAAGAUGUUGAAAUAGUUUUGAUACAUGUUCUUUACGAAAAACAAAUUAAUUUCAUGCCAAAUUUAAUGAGACUUAAAGAUUUGCCAAAGUGCAAAUUCAUUCUGUAUGGCACAGACUUUCGGAUAAAGGAACAAGAAUAUGCCGAAGAAGUGCUUCAGCAAGGGGGAUUCGUGACUGUAACCUCUUUGGCUUUUUCGACGGAGAAAGAUGUCAUCGAACGAAUCAGAAAAGUGUUGAAGCAUCAAGCUCAAAUUUUUCCUGGUUCCAAAUGGGAAAUCGUUUUAAGUCAACACGUAAAAGAAUACUUGAAGCAAAUAUCCGCUCAACAAAAUAGCUAUAGUUUAAAAUCAUAUUACACCAUCUUAUUAAGCGAACAGAAAGACUAUAUCCGAUACUUCAAACUGGACGAACUACACAACUUCUCCGCAAAGUCAGCUAUUCGAAAUCCACCAUCUAUGAUAAAAUCGUUACACCUCACAAUGAAUAAGAUGCACCUAAAUCAUUGGAAAGAGCACCGACAUUAUAUCGUGAUUUGCGGCGAUGCAGAAAAGAAAUUAGAUCUUGUUCACAUUGAAGGAGUUUCAAGAUUGAGUUUAAGCGAAUUUGAAAUGAAAUUCGGUAACAACUAUGAAGGAUCCUAA